CCCGGCGCCCCCCGCUCCGCCCCUGCUCCGCCCACCCGCCGGUGGCCCCGGGGGACGCAGGGGGAGGGGCGCGGAGGCGGCGGCCCCUGGAACAGCGCAGCGCAGGGGAGCGCGCUCUGCACUUGGAGCCUGCCCGCCCGUCAGAUCCCGGCUGUGCAUUCAGCGGGACACGUGGCUGUCAAGAAUCAUGAGCAACCCAUUUGCACACCUUGUUGAGCCUUUGGAUCUUGCACAACCAGGAAAGAAAUUCUUCAAUUUGAAUAAAUUGAAGGAUUCAAGAUAUGAACGCUUACCAUUUUCUAUCAGAGUCCUCCUGGAGGCAGCCGUUCGGAACUGCGAUCAGUUUUUGGUGAAGAAAAAUGACAUCGAAAACAUCCUAAAUUGGAAUGUCAUGCAGCAUAAGAACAUAGAAGUGCCAUUUAAGCCUGCCCGUGUCAUCCUGCAGGACUUCACGGGUGUGCCAGCUGUGGUUGACUUUGCUGCCAUGCGUGAUGCCGUGAAGAAGUUAGGAGGAGAUCCCGAGAAAAUAAACCCCAUCUGUCCCGCCGAUCUUGUAAUUGAUCAUUCCAUCCAGGUGGACUUCAACAGAAGGACAGACAGUUUACAGAAGAAUCAAGACCUGGAAUUUGAGAGAAAUAGAGAACGAUUUGAAUUUUUAAAGUGGGGUUCUCAGGCUUUCCGCAACAUGCGGAUUAUCCCCCCUGGCUCAGGAAUCAUCCACCAGGUGAAUCUGGAGUAUUUGGCAAGAGUGGUAUUCGAUCACGAUGGUUAUUAUUACCCGGACAGCCUCGUGGGCACGGAUUCGCACACUACCAUGAUCGAUGGUUUGGGCGUCCUUGGUUGGGGAGUAGGCGGAAUCGAAGCCGAAGCCGUCAUGCUGGGCCAGCCCAUCAGCAUGGUGCUUCCGCAGGUGAUUGGCUACAAGCUGGUGGGAAAUCCCCACCCCCUGGUGACAUCCACUGACAUCGUGCUCACCAUUACCAAGCACCUGCGCCAGGUGGGGGUCGUGGGCAAAUUUGUGGAGUUCUUUGGGCCGGGAGUAGCCCAGUUGUCCAUUGCUGACCGAGCUACCAUUGCGAACAUGUGUCCAGAGUAUGGAGCCACUGCUGCCUUCUUCCCGGUUGAUGACGUUAGCAUCAAGUACCUGGUGCAGACAGGUCGUGAUGAAGAAAAAGUAAAGCAAAUGAAAAAGUAUCUUCAAGCUGUAGGAAUGUUUCGGGAUUUCAGUGACCCCUCUCAAGACCCAGACUUUGCCCAGGUUGUGGAAUUAAAUUUAGGAACGGUUGUGCCUUGCUGCAGUGGACCAAAAAGGCCUCAGGACAAAGUCGCCGUGACUGACAUGAAAAAGGACUUUGAGAGCUGCCUCGGAGCCAAGCAAGGGUUUAAAGGAUUCCAGGUUGCUCUGGACCAUCAUAAUGACCACAAGACGUUUAUCUACAAUAAUAGCGAAUUCACCCUUACUCAUGGUUCUGUGGUCAUUGCUGCCAUUACUAGCUGCACAAACACCAGUAACCCAUCUGUGAUGUUAGGGGCAGGACUGUUAGCAAAGAAAGCUGUGAAUGCUGGCCUGAACGUGAAGCCUUACAUCAAAACUAGCCUGUCUCCUGGAAGCGGUGUGGUCACCUACUACCUGCGGGAGAGCGGGGUCAUGCCAUAUCUGUCCCAGCUUGGGUUUGAUGUGGUGGGCUACGGUUGCAUGACCUGUAUCGGCAACAGCGGGCCCUUACCUGACCCUGUGGUCGAAGCCAUCACGCAGGGAGACCUGGUUGCUGUUGGAGUACUCUCUGGGAACAGGAAUUUCGAAGGUCGAGUCCACCCCAAUACCCGGGCCAACUAUUUAGCCUCUCCGCCCUUGGUGAUAGCCUAUGCAAUUGCUGGGACCAUCAGGAUCAACUUUGAGAAAGAGCCGCUGGGGGUCAAUGCAAAGGGAGAGCAGGUAUUUCUGAAAGACAUCUGGCCAACCCGAGACGAGAUCCAGGCGGUGGAGCGUCAGUACGUGAUCCCAGGCAUGUUUAAGGAGGUCUACCAGAAGAUAGAGACCGUGAAUGAAAGCUGGAAUGCCUUAGCAGCCCCAUCGGACAAGCUAUAUUGCUGGAAUCCCAAAUCUACAUACAUUAAAUCACCACCAUUCUUUGAAAACCUGACUUUGGCUCUUCAGCCGCCCAAAUCUAUAGUGGAUGCCUACGUGCUGUUAAACUUGGGAGAUUCCGUAACAACUGACCACAUCUCUCCGGCUGGAAAUAUCGCAAGAAACAGCCCCGCUGCUCGCUACUUGACUAACAGAGGCUUGACUCCACGAGAAUUCAACUCCUAUGGCUCCCGCCGAGGGAAUGAUGCCAUCAUGGCACGGGGGACAUUUGCCAACAUUCGCUUAUUAAACAAAUUUUUGAACAAGCAGGCACCACAGACUAUACAUCUGCCUUCUGGAGAAAUUCUUGACGUGUUUGAUGCCGCCGAGCAGUACCAGCAAGCAGGCCUGCCCCUGAUCAUUCUGGCCGGCAAAGAGUACGGCUCAGGCAGCUCCCGAGACUGGGCGGCCAAGGGCCCUUUCCUUCUGGGAAUCAAAGCUGUCCUGGCUGAGAGCUACGAGCGCAUUCACCGCAGUAACUUGGUGGGAAUGGGGGUGAUUCCCCUUGAAUACCUCCCUGGGGAGACUGCAGACACCCUGGGACUCACGGGGCGGGAACGAUACACCAUCAUCAUUCCAGAAAACCUCACACCACGAAUGAAAGUGCAGGUCAAGCUGGAUACUGGGAAGACCUUCCAGGCCAUCAUGAGGUUCGACACGGACGUGGAGCUCACUUAUUUCCACAACGGAGGCAUCCUCAACUACAUGAUCCGCAAGAUGGCCAAGUAGGCAAGCUGCGCUCGGAGCCCCAGGCUUGGAGCUGCACCGGGGGAGCAAAGCGCCACUAGCCAGCCGGGUCCUUGGCGCAGAGCAUCCCCGCAUGGAGGCGUGUGAGCACUGAAGUACUGGUGCCAUUCCUCCAGGCACAGAAUGAGCAGUUUCUGCAUUCUCUAUUUUUGUGGAUCUUUUUCUCUUUUUCUAGAAUUUGGAAGCUAGAAUGGUGGCAAUGUCAGUAGUGCCAGAAAGAGAGAACUUGAGCUUGUCUGUAAAGUCACUGAUCACAGAAUGUUGAGUUUUCACUCUUGGCCUGUUAAUGUUCAGCUGGACACUAGUCAGUCUUCUCAGAAGGCAUCCCCUGUCCUCGUUUCUGUUCCUCUCUCUUCUCCUCUGCUCCAUGAAGCCUUCCCUUGAGGGCCACUGGUCCUUGCCUGUUAUACCAGUAUGAACUGACAUGGUAGAUGAAAACAUUCUCACACCGCAAAUCACGGCGGUGAUUGUGAUUCUCCCCUCCGCCUUUUUCCUUCAGAUGGAAUGAUCCAGGCACCUCGUGGACAGGUCAGACACUGACAUUUUUUGAUUAUGUACCUUUUGAUGGAUCAACACUAAAAAAAAAAAUGUGAUGUUUUCUUUCACUCUUUUCAGAACUUUUCCCUAGAAAACUUUUCAUUUGUCCAGAGGAGAACUUUAGAGGUGGUUUUGGAGAGAGACAUAGAACAUUUGUAAUUUGAAUAAAAUUAAAUCUAUUUUCAAGGAAAA